UUGCUGAUAAAAACGGAAUUCGCAAAGUAUAAGAAACACCGUACUAAUCAGAGAAGUCAUGUUUUUUUGAAUUGCUUCCCCUAUUUGUCAUAACAUAAUGUAACGGAAGGAAAGGAACUUACAUAAAGCACGAAUUGUUGAAAGCAGUCUAUUCUCGUAUUGCUUUCGACCUUCGUCACAGACUAGUCUUUAUCAACACAGUUCAUUGAACAUGGAGAUGAAAACCAUAGUCCUCAGCUGUAUGAUCUAUCUUUUAGCUCAAGACUCGGUGAGGACUGAAAAACCAAGCCUGGCAGAGCCUCACCAAGUAUGUAAUAAGAAAUGUGACAACAAAAGCGUCAUGAAGAAGUUAUGUCUUAACGAUUUUGCAAUACGUGGCAGAGUCGAAGAAAUUACAAAAGGAAACAAUGGAAAUUUACAACUUGAAGUGCGAGUCACCAAGCGAUACAAGCUUAGUCGAGUUUCUACUGGGCAUAGAAUAAUGAUGGAGGUCAUCGGCAAAGAAGUCACGUGCACAUGUGAACCAAUAAAAAUUCGAAAAACUUUUCCUUGGCAAAGAAAGGAGAAGAACUGCGACCUUUUUCUUGGACAACAACACCUACGCCAUUGCCUGGCACAAAGGAGGAAAAAAGUUGGCAAAAUCACGAAAGAGGAAGAACACUUGUCCCAAACGCUUCGGGACACGUUGGUAUCCACAAGAAGUUUAAAAAAUUUGUUGACAAUUAUGUUCACAAGAAUAUGUGAAUCAGUUGAUGUUUAA